AUGGAGGUGGAGGAGGAGGAAAGACGCUCUCCACACGAUCAUGUGGAUCGGUGUGUUCCCGAGAGCUUCUUUGAUCGCGUAACGCAAGGGUUACGCGACGAUCUCGAACAUGAGCGGAAUAGGCGUCUCCAGAUGGUGGACACUGCCUCGAAGCAUCGAGCUGAGUUUGCCUUUGCUCAGCUUGAGAACGAGAGAUCUCUGACAUCUCUUCGUGACGAGCUAAGGGUAGCUCGUGGGAUUGUUGAUCGGUCUCGGGCUGAGAUAACUGCUCUUCAGACCCUUGUUGAUAUCCACCAUCGGGAGCACAAGGCUCUCUGCGAGAUGCUUGAGCGCAAGGGCGUUCUUCAUCGGAAGAAGCAGCGUACUGAUGGUACGGCUUAA